UAUGGGCAUAUUUCUAAAAAAUUUUAAAAAAUGAGUGUAAACUCAUUAUCUUAUUUUAUAAAUGGGAUUAAAAAUCAGUCGGAAGAGAUUGCACUUAAAGUUGCUCAGCAACUUCAUCAUUUUGCAGGGACUGAAUUGAAAGAAAUGCCUGUUGACGAAUCUAAUAAUUUUUUAGAAUUAUUUAAUCAACGUAUAUUUGAAUUAGUUUCUAGUUCAGAUUAUUUUGAUAAAAGAGCUGGAAUAUUAGCCAUUAUGAGUUUAAUUGGGAUUGAUAGUAAUAAUAGUUCAAGAUUAAGUCGCUGUGCAAAUUAUUUAAGAAAUAUGCUACCUUCUAGCAAUCAGUAUUUAAUGGAAUUAGCAGCAAAAGCUAUAGGGUAUUUAGCACUGUCUAGUGAAACAUACACAGCAGAAUAUGUAGAUUUUGAAACAAGAAGGGCUUUUGAAUGGUUAUGUGGUGAAAGAAAUGAAGAAAGAAGACAUGCGGCAGUAUUGGUUUUAAAAGAAUUGGCAUUGUGUACACCAACAUUUUUUGUCCAACAUUUGCCUCAAUAUUUUGAAACUAUAUUUAUAGCAUUAAAGGAUACAAAGCCAAUAAUUCGGGAAGGCGCGUCACUUUCACUCAGAGCUGUCUUACAUAUAGUUAGUCAGAGGGAGAAUAGAGAUAUACAUAAGCCACCUUGGUAUCAGAUAUCAUUGAAUCAAGGCUUCGCGUUUCUUCAAGAAGCGUCAUCCAAAGAGCGAAGUUACCUCAAGGAGGAAAAAACUCACGGGGGUCUUUUGACGUUGAACGAAUUAUUAAGGAUCGGUUGUAUUCAAUCCGAGAUUGUGCGGAAAGAAUUCGAAGAAAAUGUCUCAAACUACAAAUUUACGGAAAAUGUUUUUUACAAGUCUCCAGUAAAGAGUAGGGUGAAAUUGGACAUAUCCAUCAAUUUUUUGCAAUUCCAAAAUCAGAUGUUUUUAGAUUUUAUUCAAUCCAUAGCCUCGCAGAAUUCAAGCGACCCCCAAGAUAUGAUACAGAGUGAAUCGUGCGGGACACUAUUGAUUCAAAAUUUCGAUUUGCUUAACAGUCAUAUCAAUAAGUCUCUGUCUAAUCGGAAUACACAGGUUCAAUUAUUACUAAUGGAAAUGAUACCGCGUCUCGCGUUCCUUAGACCCGAAAAAUUUAAUAAAAGUAUACUCCACAAUUGCUUAACCUUCUUAAUCGCGUCCUCACGCAAAGAUCCUUAUAAAUCUCCCGCAUUUUAUUCUAUGGGUUACAUGGUGUUAGCCAUCAAAAGUGAGGCCCCAAAAAUGUUUCCAAAAGUUUACGAUUGCGUCAGGCUGGCACUUAGCUCUGUCAAAGACACCCCUGCCAAAAAAAAGGGGGUGAAUAUGGAUGGGGCCGUUUUCUCUUGUAUUAAAAUGCUCAUAAAAUCGUUAAAGGAUACUGUCGAGACCCCAAUCAAAGAUAUUAUCGGCGAUAUUCAAUCCUGCAAUUUAAGCCCGUCUCUAGUCACGUGUUUAGCAGAUAUAUGCGUUUACAUUCCUACCCUCAAACCAAUGGUUCAAGAAAAUUUGUUGAAUUACAUCACUUCGAUAAUCAUGUGCAAACCUUAUUUCUAUUACUCAAAUACAGUUUCUCGCCCAUCUUCGGCUUAUUCAAUACCAUCCCUUAUAUCGAACGAAAUUCCGGUUAUGAUUGGAGCCAUGGAACUAGAAAGAUUGGCAUUAGCGAUUAGAACACUAAGAAACUUCGAUUUUGAAGGACAUCCCUUAUUGGAAUUGAUUAAGUAUAUAGCUGACCAUAAUUUAAACAUGGAAUCCAAAGAGAUUAGAAUCGAAUCAAUUAAGACCUGCUUCAAAUUAUUAUAUAAAUCAACUCAGGCCGAGAACUUUAAUCCUUUAGCCUUUGACAAGAGCAGAAACGAUAUAUUAUCCGACAUCCUAGAUAAGUUGAUACCCAUCGGCGUAAAUGAUAAAAAAGCUAGUGUAAGACUGGCUGUCUUUGAGUCCAUUGACGAUUGUUACGACGUCUACUUGGUUCAACCCAAGCACUUAACCGUGUUUUUCAUGGCGUUCCACGACGAAAAUUUUGAGAUUCGGGAAAACGUUCUGUGCAUACUAGGAAGAUUAAGCACGGUAGACCCCUCCACCGUUUUGCCUAUCCUGAGAAAGUUCUUGAUACAGUUGUUAUCAAAUAUUAACGAUAGCGGUAUCGGACGAAACAAAGAGCACAGUGCUCGGCUUCUCGCAUUAAUGAUCGCUAACGUUCCUAGACUCGUCUAUUUAUACGUUCCCACAAUUCUCAAAGUCAUAAAUCCUGUAUUAAAAGAUCCGGGUCCUUAUGCAGGAGUUACCAUUAAUUCAUUGGCGGCUAUCGGAGAGUUAGCUUUGGUGUGCGGAGCUCAAACAAAACAAUGGAAUUACGAAUUAUUCGCCAUAGUUAUGGAUAUGCUAAAAGAAAAUAAUUUACCAAGCAUUAGAGAGGUUGCUUUAUGGACUUUGGGGCAAUUGGUGGAAAGCGGUGGAUACGUGAUGCAGCCUUAUACCGAUUUCCCUUUUCUUUUAGAAAUUUUUUUGAACUACCUGCGGUACGAACAAGUUUAUAGGAUUAGAUUCGAGACAAUCAGAGUUAUGGGUAUUAUUGGGGCCAUCGAUCCCUUCAUAUACAAGAACAAUAUCGAGGCACGUCAAUUCACAAAGGCGAAAACCGGAAUGACCAGAGACAUAAAAAUAUAUCCGGAAGAUAUUUCGGAUAUAGAUAAUUUACCGGAAGAUUUAUCCGUCAAUGAAAUAUGGGUAAGCGUGAGUGCCUCCCUAGAAGACUUUUACCCCUGCGCCGCCAUUUCUUGCCUGAUGAAGAUAAUCAAGGAUCCUUCCCUCAACCAACAUCACACCAUUUCGGUUCAGGCGAUCACCUUCAUAUUUAAAAGCUUAGGUCCCAAAUCCCAUUUGUACAUCAAUAAGGUUGUUCCAACCUAUUUGGCCUUGAUUAAAAGUUCUGAUAGCACCAGAGAAUUUAUGUUCCAGCAGCUAGCCAUCAUAGUCACUCUAGUGAAAUAUCACAUGAGAAAUUACUUGAAAGAAAUCUGCGAAGGUAUCAAAAAUUACUGGGAACAAAGCGUAAGUCUUCAGGCCAUUCUGAUAUCCCUACUGCAUCAACUUGCGCUUAAUAUAGGCGCAGAUUUAAGGCCCUACAUAUCGGAUCUGCUACCAAAUUUCUUGAAAGUUCUCAAUUACGACAAUUCGGCCGGCAGGACCAAUACCCAAAAACUGCUAUCCACCUUUCAGAUUUUGGGUAAUUUUUUCGAAAAUUACAUUCACAUAAUCUUGCCUCCCAUAAUACAGAUAACGACGUCUUCCGAAAUUCCCUUGAACGUGAGGAAAACGGCCGUAGAAACGAUCAAUUCCUUUUUAAAAUGCAUAGACAUGACCGAAUUUUGUUGUACCAUCAUCCAUCCAAUUCUGUCCCUUAUAGAUAACACUAAUUCCGUAUCACUAACUAAUCCUUCCACCGGUUCAAAUUACAACGGAACAACACUGAGUUUAUCAUCAACCAACCCGAUACCCUCUUUACCAUCUUUUUCUUUGCAAAAUCUGCCCCAAAGUUUUCAACAAACCAUCGGAACUGCCACACCUGCGUCAGGGGGCACUCAACAAACAGUUGGUAGCACUGUAAUGACCUUCGAAAACUAUAAUAGACCCGGAUUUAACAGCGAAUUAAGGAUGGAAGCCUUGAAAGUUUUAACGUGUUUGCUAGCUCAAAACGGAAAACAAUUUAUAACCCUUUUUUCGCCCUGCGUUGCCCAAGUUAUGGUCAAGAACAGUAUAUCCUACCCUCCUUACGAAACAUUGAUCAUCAAAAUAUCAAACGAUCUAGUCAAUACCUUUGACGAGAGAAAGGAUACCCUAUCUCGUUACGAUAAAUUGCCAACGAAUAUAGAUGAUACCUCCACGAAAACCAGGAUGGAUGUCGUGCCUAUCAAAAAACUUAACAUCAAUGCCGGGAAUCUACAAAGGGCUUGGAUAGUAAAAGGGCGCAUAUCGAAGGAUGAUUGGGUAGAAUGGUUGAAAAAAUUGAGCAUCGAUAUUUUGAAGGAAUCGCCUUCACCUUCUUUAAGAUCUUGUUGGGCUCUGGCUCAAAAUUACGCUCCUCUUGCCAAGGAUUUGUUUAAUGCCUCCUUUGUUUCCUGUUGGAUGGAUUUGAGUGAACAUUAUCAAGAUGAUUUGAUCGAUAAUCUUCAAGAGGCGCUCCUUAACUCGGACGUUUCCGAGGUCGUACUCACCGUUCUAAACUUGGCGGAAUUUAUGGAUCACUGCGAAAAGGGCCCUCUCCCUUUGGAUACGAUUUUGUUAGGUCAGCAGGCCCUUAGAUACAGGGCAUACGCCAAAGCUCUACGAUAUAAAGAGGAAGAAUUUUAUAAAGGGGCUACUCCAGAAAUACUAGAAUCUCUCAUAUGCAUUAACAACAAACUCAAAGCUACCGAGGCGUCAGCUGGCAUAUUGUGUUAUGCGCUCAAAUAUUUUCCAGAAGAAUUGAAAUCUCACGAGGGUUGGUACGAAAAGCUUAACGAGUGGGAUGCCGCCCUCCAGAUAUACAGCGCUAAAAUGAAAACGGAACCUUCCAACGAAAACGUUAAAAUGGGCGCGGCUAUGUGCCUGGAAGCUCUCGGUGAAUGGUCACAAGUUUUAGAUUUAGUUGAAGAUUAUUGGCCCACGGAAAAUGAUAACCAAUUGAAAUUGGCUUCACUGGCUUGUUCCGCCGCUUGGGGAAUGGGUGACAUGAAAAAUAUGGAAAAAUAUAUAUCAUUCCUACCCGAUAAGAUACAAGACGGGGCAUUUUAUAGAGCAAUAUUGAAUAUAACCAAAAACGAUUUUACCAACGCUGGAAUAUAUAUCAGUAAAUGUCGAGAUUUGUUAGAGCCCGAGCUUUCGGCCUUUGCCUCGGAAAGUUAUGAAAGGGCUUAUAAUUCAGUAUUCAUGGCUCAAAUUUUGUCCGAGAUGGAGGAAAGCAUGCAAUACAAACUGCUUCCAGAUCGCAGAGGCGUUAUCAAGAAUAUGUGGUGGGAUAGACUCAUGGGUUCUCAAAAAAUUCUAACCAGUUGGCACAAAAGUAUACAAGUACAUUCUUUAGUGAUCACACCGUCGGAAGAUCAAAAGGCAUGGCUUAAAUACGUCAGUCUUUGCAAUAAAAAUGGAAGAUUCUCAUUAGCGCAAAAAACGUUGGUCAAAUUACUAGGCUUCGAACCCGCCAAACAAUCUGACCGAGCCUUGAUGUUAGCGAGUCCCCCGCUCGUUUUCUCUUACGUCAAAUACAUCUGGAAAAUUGGGAAUAAGAACGACGCUUAUAUAAAAUUAUCGACAUUUGUAUCAGACCACCUACAACCAAAAUAUUUGGAAAUGCUUAAGACUCCUGAGACAACCAAGAAAAACGAUUUUCGAAUUUUACUAUCCAAAUGUUACUUGAAAAUGGGACAAUGGUCAGAAAAUUUAAAUGGUAUCACAGAAGCUUCGAUUCCUCAAAUACUUAAUUACUACGUUUCAGCUAUAGACAAUUCUAACAACUGGUACAAGGCUUGGCAUGCUUGGGCCUGCAUUAAUUUCGAAGCCUUACUAUACUACAAGCAAAAGGGCGUUUUACCUCCCGAAGAUUCCCUUCUCACUAACACCGAGCACGCAAAGAGAACAGGCAAGGAAGCUCUAACCUCGAGCUCAUCUACUUCACCCGUAAAUUCAUCGUCCGAAUGUGAGGAGGAAGCCGAGACAAUACCGGACACGUCAGAGAUGUUAGAGUCUACGUCAAAAUUUAGUAUUUCUAGCCUUGAAGCAUCAAAAUUAGACUUGAAACUCGAAGAGAAGAUACCUAUUAUUCGCAAAGAGAUAUCAAGAACUCCGAUUGACGAAUCAACUGCGUCACAGACAUCGACCCAAUCCAAACAAAUGAAAUUGAUCCCUGAGGAAUCGUUAUCUUUAUCUUUUCCUAGCAACAUUCAAGCGAACAUGUUGGGGCUUUUGCAUUACAUUAUUUUAGCCGUAAAGGGUUUCAUUCAAUCCAUCUCAUUUUCUUACAGUUCUACGUCGCUGCAAGAUACAUUAAGAUUACUUACAUUAUGCUUCGAUUAUGGGCAUUAUCAGGAAGUGUAUGAUGCUCUGCAGGACGGAAUUAGGAUGAUACGAAUCGAUAAUUGGCUACAGGUUAUUCCUCAAUUGAUCGCUAGAAUUGAUACUCCGCGAUUUUUGGUCCACAAAUUGAUUCAUCAGUUACUCAUCGAAAUAGGAAAUCAUCAUCCUCAAGCUUUAAUUUAUCCGUUGACAGUUGCUUCCAAAUCUGAUAUUCCAUCUCGGCAGAUAUCGGCUAAAAAGAUUCUUCGUGCGUUGUGUGAAAACAACAAUACACUGGUACAACAAGCUCUAAUGGUAAGCGAAGAAUUGAUUCGUGUUUCCAUUUUGUGGCACGAGCUAUGGUACGAAGGACUCGAAGAUGCCUCUAGACUCUACUUCGGUGAAAAAAAUGUUAAAGGAAUGUUAUCUGUCCUUGAACCUUUACAUACCAUGAUUGAAAAGGGACCACAAACCAUCAAAGAGACAUCUUUUAGUCAGGCUUACGGACGGGAUUUGUUGGAAGCCAAAGCCUGGUGUCAUAAAUACCUUCAAAGUGGUAAUGUCAAGGACUUAACACAGGCCUGGGACUUGUAUUAUCAUGUUUUCCGUAGAAUUUCUAAAGAAUUACCCCAAAUUAGUAAUCUUCAAUUACAACACGUGUCUCCCAAGCUUAUGGCGUGCAAGGAUUUAGAGCUAGCCGUACCCGGGACUUACAAAAUUUCUCAACCUCUUUCUAUGACCCACAAAAAAUAUUCAAAACAUCAGUCUAAUAAUCAAUCAAUUGAUAUAUCUAGGCCUUCUCCCUUCGUUUUCGAUUCUCCAAUCAAUAUAACUACCUCAUUAGUAAGAAUAUGCAAAAUUCAGCCCUCUUUACAGGUUAUAAGCUCCAAACAACGGCCCAGAAAGCUUAGAAUUUUGGGAGACGACGGAGUGGAAUAUUUGUUUUUGUUGAAAGGGCACGAAGACUUGAGACAGGAUGAAAGAGUCAUGCAAUUAUUCGGCCUCAUCAACACCUUGCUCAAAAAUGACGAGGAAACUGUCAGAAGAAAUCUAGUCAUUCAACGUUACGCCGUCGUCCCUCUCAGCACUAACAGCGGCCUUAUAAGCUGGGUUCCUCAUUGCGAUACCCUUCACACCUGCGUUAAAGAAUACAGGGAGAGCCGAAAAAUCCUCCUGAACAUAGAACAUAAGAUGAUGUUACGUGCCGCACCAGACUACGAAAAGCUUGGUAUUUUACACAAGACCGAAGUUUUAGAACACGCACUGCAGCAUACCAAAGGAGACGAUUUGGGCCGAAUUCUUUGGUUAAGGAGCCCGCCUAAUAGUCAGGACUGGUUCGAAAGACGCACCAAUUUCACCCGAUCGCUGGCCCUUAUGUCGGUCGUAGGAUACAUAUUAGGGCUAGGGGAUCGUCAUCCGUCUAACUUGAUGCUGGACCGAAUAACUGGCAAAAUAUUACACAUUGACUUUGGAGACUGCUUUGAAGUGGCUAUGUCAAGAGAAAAAUUUCCCGAGAAAGUACCUUUUAGAUUGACUCGAAUGCUAAUCAAUGCUAUGGAGGUAUCUGGAAUUGAGGGUACAUUUAGAAUGACCUGUGAAAGAGUUAUGGAAGUUUUGCAGAUGAACAAAGAUAGUGUUAUGUCUGUAUUAGAAGCAUUCGUGUACGACCCUCUGAUCAACUGGCGAUUAAUAGAAUCUGAAGACCAACCGGAAUCACUCAAUCUCAAAGCAUUAGCCGUUAUCAAAAGAGUGAAAGAAAAAUUAACUGGAAAAGAUUUUGACUCAAAUAUUAUGUAUGAUAUAAAAACCCAAAUCGAUUUGCUAAUCAAACAAGCUACUUCCCAUGAAAACUUGUGCCAAAUGUACAUAGGAUGGUGCCCAUUUUGGUAAAAAAAAAUGAAAAUAGUCUUGAAGUAUUAUGACCUUCCCGUUGAAAUGUGAUAAAAUUAUUUUUUUAAAAAAAAUCUCUACUGUAUUAUUGAAUAAUAUGUAGUUUAAUUUUAUGAGUUAUUUAUUCAUAUUUAAAUGAUAGUGCUUGAUUAUAAAAUAAUAUAUGGUAAUUAUGAAAUUAUAGAGUAUUAGUAAAUAAA